AAUGAAGAAGAAAGACCAGAGGAAACACCUGUUAGUGUUCCACCCCCAACGGGAAAUGAAGAAGAAGUGGCAGCUGAAAAUGGUGUAGUGAAAAUGAAAGUGACAGAGGCUGAAGAUGACAGUGACAGUGAUAGUGAUGAUGAUGAAGAUGAUGUUCAGGUCACUAUUGGUGAUAUUAAAACAGGAGCACCACAGUAUGGAUAUGGAGCAGCACCAGUGAAUCUCAAUAUUAAAACAGGAGGACGCUCUUACGGAUCCUCUGGAGCAAAGGUGAAAGGAGUUGAUCUGGAUGCACCAGGAAGCAUUAAUGGUGUUCCACUAUUAGAAGUUGAUUUGGAUUCCUUUGAGGAUAAACCUUGGAGAAAACCAGGUGCUGAUCUCUCAGAUUAUUUCAAUUAUGGAUUUAAUGAAGACACUUGGAAAGCAUACUGUGAAAAACAAAAGAGGAUACGAAUGGGACUUGAAAUUUUGCCUGUUACCUCAACUACAAAUAAAAUUACGGCCGAAGACAUUGCUAUGGAAGUAACGCCAGGGACAGAGAUUCCAGAUGGCACAUACAGUCUUUUUAAGGUGCAGCAGGGCAGAACUGGAAACAUGGAGAAAGAAAUACCACUUCCACCAAGCAAAGUUGAGUUUGCAUCUCCCCCACCCUUAUUCAAGACAGGAAUCCCAUCAAACAGAAACAGCGCCUCUUCUCAGUCGCAGACGAGCACUGCAGUCAGAAAAACCAGUUCAGGCAUCGGGAAGUGGCAGGAUCGAUAUGGGAGGGCUGAGUCACCUGAACUAAGACGGCUGUCUGGGACAAUAGAUGUGAUUGGGCAGACCAUCACAAUCAGCCGAGUAGAGGGAAGACGGCGUGCCAACGAGAAUAGCAAUAUUCAGGUUCUUUCUGAACGCUCCAGCAGUGAUGUAGACAACAGUUUUUCCAAGCCGCCUCCGUUUUUUCCUCCAGGAGCUCCUCCCACCCAUCUUCCUCCACCUCCAUUCCUUCCACCACCUCCAUCAGUCAGUACUGCUCCUCCUCUAAUUCCUCCUCCAGGUAUACCAAUAACUGUGCCACCGCCAGGCUUUCCUCCCCCACCUGGAGGACCACCGCCUUCCCUUAUACCAACUAUAGAAAGUGGACAUUCCUCUGGUUAUGAUAGUCGCUCUGCUCGUGCAUUUCCGUAUGGUGGCGGUUCUGCCCCAUCAUGGACUAGUCUCAUGGACACAAGCAAACAGUGGGAUUAUUAUUCCAGAAGAGAUAAAGAUCGAGAGCGUGAAAGAGAUCGAGACCGAGAAAGGGAUCGAGAUCGUGACAGAGAGCGUGAGAGGACCCGAGAUAGAGAGCGUGAACGGGAUCACAGUCCAACUACAAGUGUGUUCAAUAGUGAUGAAGAACGAUACAGAUACAGAGAAUAUGCAGAUAGAGGCUAUGAACGACAUAGGACAAGUCGAGAGAAAGAAGAGCGGCACCGAGAAAGGAGACAUCGAGAAAAGGAAGAGACAAGACAUAAAUCUUCACGAAGUAACAGCAGGCGUCGCCAUGAUAGUGAAGAGGGAGACAGCCACAGGAGGCAUAAACAUAAAAAGUCAAAAAAGAGCAAAGAAGGAAAAGAAACAGGUGGCGGUGAACCUGCCCCUGAACAGGAAAACACUGAAGCUGCCCCUGCAGAAUAGGCAUGUGAUAUUUUUGCCUACUUGCUUAUAUUAAUGCCAGAAAUAGAUUGCUCUAAAUCUAAUUAUUUUUCUGGGUCUUAAAAUAUUGCUCUUAAUCUUGUUCUGUUAGUAGAAAAGCAUACAUUUAAUUUGGAUUUUUGAAAAUAAAGAGAGUGAAUUUUUUCAUGUUAAA